GCGAGAAGAGGGACGAGGAGCGGGCGAGCAUUUUCGGGAACAGCAAGACGCGAUGGAGCGAGCGAUGGACGAAAACAGAGAGAGAGAUCGAGCAGACGAGACGAGACAGCGAAGAGCGGGCGGGCAGGCAGAGCGCGAGUGCUGACAGACGGGGAGUCACGGGGAGGAGGGAAGAAAGAGACGCAUUUGUCGACAGAUCGAUCUGUGUCGGGGAAGGUCCGGGUCGAGCUAUCGAAGCGGAGGGAGAGAGAGAAGAGAGAGAAGGGAGAGAGAGAGAGAGAGAGAGGGAGCGAGCGAUCGACUGACUGAUUCAUUGAUUGAUCCGCAAGGGGGGGAUGCAACGAUGUACGUGGCAUAUGGAUGGCCCAAGCUGCUACCGAUCGCUGGCAGCCAGGAGCGAUUGAUUCACGUCAGUGUCUCCGGCUCUUUGCUUCUCCUCGUUUCGUCCUCCGACGUCCAAGUUUGGAGUGCCACUCAGCAUAGAACAAAAUUAGGUCAGCUCGUGAGGGAUCCAACAUCUGUACAAUACGAAGGAAUAAAUUUACAGGCGAAAUGGAGCUCAGAUUCAAGAACAGUCGUUGUUAUGACCUCUGGAUGUGUUCUACACUUUUAUGACAUAUAUCUUUUGGAGAAACAGCUUAAGCUUUCGGGGGAGGAAAUCGGACUUCAUUUGGUAGAAGUCCACCUCCGAUCCACAGUAAAUCUUGUGUCAACAGUCAACAGUGAAACAAUAUCUGUGUGCUGUCUCACAGCCGAUGACCGAAGCAUAAUAGUGGGACUCUCAGAUGGCCGACUGCAGCUCGUUUCUUGGUCCGGAGAGUUACUUUCAACAGCCGAGCUACUUCAAGGUCCAGCAUCAGCCAAUGGAUCAGUGUACAUUCCCGAGACAAAUGGUAGCCCGACUGUCGCAGUGCCUGCUCCUCUAGCACUUCAUCCCUCGUUCUCGUCCUCCAAUAGUCAGGCGAUUGGAGAGAGUGGCUUUGGACAGUUGGAACUAUCAAGUUCUUUACAUUUACUUGUUGCAGUACUUACAGAUGGAUACGUCUUAUUAUGUUCCAUCAACGAGAAAGGUCUUAGACAAGUUAGUGAUAUUAUACCAGAAAAGUGGGUGGGUAUUACUGAUGCGGUGUGUGCCUCCGUUGCUCAUCUUCAACAAUUACUUGCGGUGGGAUGCAUGAGAGGCACAGUUGAACUUUUUAAUCUCGCCGACAAUGCGUUACCGCUCCGAACUAUCUCUCUUUUUGACUGGGGGUACUCCGUCGAAGACACAGGCCCAGUGAACUGCAUCAGCUGGACCCCUGAUAAUUUUGCGUUCUCUGUAGGUUGGCAGCACAGGGGAUUAGCUGUCUGGUCCGUUUCAGGUUGCCGAUUGAUGUGCACCAUUCGGCAAGGCAGUCUGAGUAAUGUCUUUUCCCCUUCAUUUUCCAUGUUCCAUGGAACAGAGCUUUCAAGGAGUGAGCCUAUGGUUGGAGGUGUGGCAGCCUCAGCCUGGGGCGAGCAUGGCUACCAACUUUUUGCCGUGGAGCAGAGAAACGUUGCUAGGCUCAUCGAGUUCCCAUUUGCCAAGAGCUGCAUCAGUCAAAAUGUGGUUGGAGUUGCUCAUGUAUGGCAGCUCCUACAGGGUGAAGACCGAGUGCUUUUGGUUCAGUCCGAUGAGGAGGAUCAACUCAAAAUUCAGCAUCUUGUUCUUCCACUAUCAUACAUCGGUGUGAACUGGCCUGUUUUGCACGUAGCGGCUAACGAGGAUGGGACGUAUCUUGCGAUAGCAGGUCGACGAGGUGUCAUACUUUACGAUAUGCAGUUAAAAAAGUGGCGGGUUUUUGGGGAUGUGACCCAGGAGCGGCAAGUGCAGUGUGUAGGGUUGUUAUGGGUUGGCAAGAUAGUUGUAGUAUGCAACUAUCGAGAGUCGAGCAAAUCCUAUGAGUUGAGUCUGUACCCAAGGUACCAUCUCGAUGAGACAUCUCUGCUGUUCCGAAGGCAACUACCAGACAAGCCAAUUGCCAUGGAUGUGUGGCAAGACUUCAUUCUGGUCACAUGUCCACCUUUUGAUAUAAACAUCUUCCAUGUGCACGUCCAUGGCAACCUUUCUCCAUUGAAACCCACAACUGUGCAGUUAUUUCCAGUUCGAGAGCUUUCAAUAAUGAACGCGAGAAAACCUCCAUUGGCCAUGCAUUUUUUGCCGAAUGUUCCCGGUGAAUGGGAUCCUCCACCGUCAUGUGAUGGUUCAUGUGGCGAUGGAUGGAGGGAUGUAGCCGGGGAGGCUAUACUAAGACAGCCCACAAGGUGCAUGCUUCUACGCACAGAUGGGGAGCUGUCUUUAUUGGAUCUAGAUCGAGGAAGUGAACGAAGGCUUAUUUCGGGAGUAGAGCGGUUUUGGUUGACAUGUGGAAGGCCGAAGGAAGAAGCUGCUCUUAUCAAAGAGGUGCCUUGGUGGGCAUAUGGACAUCGUGGAAUGCAAGUGUGGUAUCCGUCUUCUCCUGCAGAUUCAAGUCAUGAUGUUCAAGAUGCUUGGGAGCUAGAUCCAGAGCUGGAUUUCGAUCGCGAAGUCUAUCCUCUUGGUUUGUGUCCCGGUUCGGGGGUUAUUGUGGGUAUUGCUCAAAGGCUGUCGCUCUCAGCCUGUGCCGCCAUGCCCUGCUUUGAGCCUACCCCGCAGGCGCAGCCCAUUUUGCCAUGUUUGCUACGCCACUUACUGCAGAGGGACAAAGCGGAGGAAGCGUUACAACUUGCAAGAUUAUCGUGUGGCAGACCUCACUUCUCGCAUUCACUGGAGUGGCUGCUUUUCACUGUCUUUGACGCUGCUGUGUCAAGUCAGUAUGUGAAUAGGAAAAGAGGCAAAGUCAGCGCUACGGCGUCUCGGCUGUUGCAUCAAGUCUGCAUUUUGGUUCGACAUUUUCCCGAAUAUUUGGAUGUUGUCGUGAGCGUUGCAAGGAAAACCGAUGGGCGUCACUGGUCUGAGUUGUUUGAAGCUGCUGGCAAGUCUACAGAGCUAUUUGAAGAAUGUUUCCAAAAAGGCUCUUACCGCACGGCAGCUUGUUACAUACUGGUGAUUCAAAAGUUGGAGGGACCCACGAUAAGUCAACAAAGUGCUGUACGCUUGCUCAAGGCAACGCUGGAGGUCUCACUGUAUGAGCUUGCGGGAGAACUGUGUCGGUUUCUUCUUCGAGCCGGACGAGAGUAUGAAGCAGACAAGGAAGCUGAACGGAAUAUCUUUUCAGCGUUCUUCCUCGGGUUAAGUUCGCCUACCAGUCCUGCUAUGGGUGACGAUAUGCACCAUGCGACCGUAAAGCAUAUUCUUGAGAAGCACGCGGCUCAUCUUAUGGAAUUGAAGGAACUUCAAGAACUUGUGACCUUCGCCAGGGGGACCCAAUUUGAUAUCACAGACUUCCUGAAAUCAGAGAAGGGUAAGUCAGCCCGACUGGAGGACUUUUCUUCGGCGCUUCGGAUCAUUGGCCAAAAGCUGGAUAUGGAUGUGGCGGAAAGUCGACAAGAUGCUGAAUUUCUUUUGGGUCAUAUGAAAGCUGUGGGAUUUAAAGAGUGGGUCGUGGUUCUCGCUACUCUACUGCGGCUUCCAGAGAUUUUGCUGGAGCUCUUCCGGGGAGAUGCACGAUUGUGGGAAGCCUACAGCAAGACUUUACAGAGUCAGGAAAACUUUUUGGAGUACGAGGAUUUCUUAUCGACUUUGGAGCAAGACCUUGCAAUCACGAGAGAAACUUCGGAAAGUGAAUGAAGGGAGAGGUCAAAAAUCAUAUUCAUUGCUCAAGCAACUCACACUGAUUGGCUCCUCCGUCCUAAAUGACACCUUGCUCUGUUUCGGAAUCCUAUCCCCUUGGAAAGAAAUAUGCCAAUCCUCUCCUGUUCUGACAUCAGAGUCAGUCCAAUGGCACGCCAUGUAACUAUAUUACAAAAGUCACUCGAGAAGCCAGCGAAACCGAAGGGCGCCAUGAUUCUACUCCAAUUUAUCACAUCAAAAUACUCUGGCUGACGUAAACAAUGGAGUAGUGGCUGGUCGAAAAGGAGAUGGAACAGUCUUGCAGUAUGAGGAGGUGUCACGUUAAGGGUAUGAGUGAGCUGAGGUUUGCAUCCCCUGCCCUGCAUCGUGUACAGCAGGUAAGAGUCUUAGUGUCUUCAAUUUUGUAUCUGCCCACGCAUAGUACUCCAUGGCCAGUUCUAUGUCUAGAUUCUUUUACUCUUAAAAAGUGACCGGCCAUCCAUUCUUUGGUCUUGUAUCUGUAACGCGGGACAAGAUCUUCCAGUGUUAUCAGCAAAUCUUAAUAAAGUCAUCCUUUCUCGAACU